AUGUCCGCAGGUUUGGUGCGACCAGACGAUUUGGACGCAGAACUCGCGGUCCACAAGGAGCCGUAUCUGCUGAAGAACUGGCUGGAAUAUAUAGAUCACAAGAGGAGCGCUCCAGAAGCUGAGCUUUUGCGGGUUUACCGACGCGCACUCAGACGCUUGCCUCAGUCAUUCAAGCUUUGGACGGGCUAUCUCGAGCUGUGCCACGAGCUGGCCGGUAAAGGAGACACAGAAGUGCUGAUCAAGGCGUACGAGCACUGCCUGUCGAAUUUGAGCGAGUUUCCUGUUCUCUGGGAGAGAUUCUUGGUGUUUCUCAUAAAAAACCUCGAUCAGCUAGAUAUCUCCUACGUCCGGCGACGGUUCAACGAGGCAUUGCAAAGUUUGACCGUUUCGCAGCACUUCAGAAUAUGGAGGGUGUUUAUCCGCUUUGCUGACAUAGUUGGCGGACGCACCAGUUUUGCAGUGUACAGGCGAUAUUUUGAAUUCAGGGCAAAGCUUGCAGACUACAGCGAUUUGUUUGCAGACCUUCCUGAUUUGGAUACAGUUAUAGACAAGCUAGUGCUGCACACGGACUCAGAAGACCAGUUUGCGAAGCUGGGCCCGGUUUUCGAGACAAUAGCCCAGAAUACCAGUCUUUUGGUGCAGCUCUCCAUUUCAGAGUUCGGCCUAUACAGCACGUAUUUCAACCUGCUUUUGGAGUUUGGAGACGAAAAGGACGCAACAAAAAUGUACCAGCAUCUUGCUGACAAGUUCGCCGACCAGCGGUGCGUGCUUUCGAUAAAACUUGCGGCCUACUUCGAAAAGAAAGCUAGGUAUUUGGAAGCAGAAGACAUUUUUGAAAAGGAGCUAAAAAGAGUCAACAACCUGCACGAUUUCCAGCUGAUUUUCGAGGCCUACACAGAAAUGGAAGACAGAAGAAUGACGUCCUUAUCGCAAAGACUCGACGACGACGCCGCGUGCGAGCUGGACGUCCUGAUGGACAGGUUCGAGGACCUGCUAGCCAGGAGAAAAAUCCUGGUCAGCGACACGGCACUGCGCCAAAACCCCGACAACGUGCACGAGUGGCUGAGCAGAAUCGGUCUGUUCGACGAUAAACACGAGGUUGCAGACUGCUACGCGCAGGCCGCCGAAACAAUCCGACCGCAAAAAGUGCAGCAGCCAGGACUCUUUUCUAAAUUCUGGAUCCAGUACGCAAAGUUCUUUGCCGAAAACGGCGACGUCACCACGGCAAGAAAAAUCUUCCAGACAUCCACGAAGGUCCCUUUCCGCCACAUCGACGAUCUGGUCGAGAUCUGGCUGGCCUGGGCAGAGUGGGAGCUGGAGAAGGACCGCGAGCGGGCAGUAAAGGUGCUUGAAAAAGCCCUGGAAACCCCAAAGUACGACGGAAAAAUCAGCUACCGGGACGAGGAUCUUAGUCCGCAGAUGCGCAUCCACAAGUCCACGAGACUCUGGCAGUACUACUUGGACCUAAUAAAGAGCUCCAAAAAUUUGGAAGCAACACGCAAAGCGUACGACAGAAUGAUCGACGUCAAGGUCGCCACUGCGCAAUCGAUCCUGGACUACGCGGGAUAUCUAGAAGACAAGAAGCUCUACGAGGAGUCGUUCAGGGUCUACGAACGCGGAGUGCUGCUUUUCCGCUACCCGGUCGUGUACGAGAUAUGGAUUGUCUAUCUUGACAAAAUACUGCAUUACCAACACCAACUCUCGAUCGGCGUCGAACGAAUUCGAGAUUUGUUCGAGGAUGCACUGCAAAACUGUCCUUCCGAACUGUCCAAGCCAAUCUUCGAGCUCUACGCGCAGUUUGAGGAGACCAGGGGCUCGAAGCUGCUUGCUCUCAAGGUGUACCGCCGGGCCAUCGAGCAUACCCCCGCCAAUGUCGAGAAAGUGGAGCUGUACAGACUGCUGGCGGCCAAGACGGUCCAGUUCAAGAGCCUUGAGAGCGCAAGAGAGGUCUACCAGAGCGCGCUCGAGUCCGUGUCGGUCAACGCUCCGGGCUUCCUCGACGUGCUAAUGCAAGGGUUUGUAGACCUCGAGGUGCGGCUGGGCCAGUACCGGCGGUGUCGCGAGAUAUAUCGGUAUGCUGCGCGGCUGUUGGUGCAGUUUGCAAAGCGCGACCAGGACGUGGAGCGUGUGUGGAGUCUGUGGAAGCAGUUCGAGGUGGACAACGGGUCGGAGGAGAGCUACAAGGAGCUGCUACGGUUCAAGAGGCAUUUAGAGAGCACUGUGGUGAAUGUGCGUUCCAAGACGGCGGAUUCGAUUGGAUUUGUGCACAAGGAAACCCGUGGCACUUUGGACGCUGCCGCGACGGGCAACAGUGCCGAGAUAGCGUUGGAUAUAGACGAAAUGGAAUAA